GCCUUCCGAGGGGCGCGAACGGAGCUUCCGGAGGUUCAUCGUGACUGGACGUUGGUUCUUGUGUGAUUGGCGAUUGCUAGUGGAAUCAUCGAGGAGAAGUCAUAGAUUCUAAAAAUAUUUUUUCCUUCUCUAUGAACUUAACAUAAAUUUAGUUUGUUAUUUGGGUUUAUUUUCUAAAUAUCCACACCAUAAACCGAUAUCGGUUACCAAAAAAUUGCACAGUUAAACCAUGAGCUGUGGAAAAGAGUUUGUGGAAACACUAAAAAAAAUUGAUUAUCCCAAAGCUGAUACUCUUAAUGGGGAAGAUUUUGACUGGUUGUUUGAGACUCUUGAAGAUGAAUCAUUUCUGAAGUGGUUUUGUGGGAAUGUGAAUGAACAGAAUGUAUUGUCUGAAGAAGAAUUGGAAGCUUUUAGCAUUCUUCAAAAAUCAGGCAAACCCAUCCUAGAAGGAGCAGCUCUGGAUGAAGUUCUUAAAACCUGUAAAACUUCUGAUUUGAAAACCUCUACCCUGGAUGACAAAGAGCUAGAGAAAUUGGAAGCUGAGGUUCAAACUCUGCAGAAAUUAAAGACCCUAAAAAUUCAGCGACGUAAUAAAUGCCAGUUGAUGGCUUCAGUAACAAGCCACAAAUCUCUGAGGUUAAGUGCUAAAGAAGAAGCAGCCACUAAAAGGCUGAAGCAGAGUCAAGGAAUUCUAAAUGCUAUGAACGCGAAGAUAAAUAAUGAACUUCAAGCUCUUACUGAUGGAGUUGCUAAACUGAUGAUGUUUUUCAGACAUUCUGAUUUGGAUCAAGGGACAAAUCCACUGGUGUUUUUAUCUCAGUUUUCCUUGGAAAAAUAUCUAAGCCAAGAAGAGCAAAGCACAGCAGCGUUAACUUCAUAUACCAAAAAACAGUUCUUUCAGGGUAUACAUGAAGUAGUUGAAAGUUCAAAUGAAGAAAAUUUUCAGCUUUUAGAUUUACAAGCGCCAUCUAUUUGUGAUAAUCAAGAACUUCUUGAGGAGAGACGGCUAGAGAUGGCUAGGCUGCAGCUAGCAUACAUUUGUGUUCAACAUGAGUUAAUUCACUUGAAAGCAAGUAAUUUGAGCAUGAAGUCAAGUAUACAAUGGGCAGAGGAGAAUCUUCAUAGCCGCACUAGCAAGGCUCUUGGCAAAGAUAAUUUGGAUGCUAAAAUUUCUAGCUUGAACAGUGAGAUUCUGAAACUUGAAGAACAAAUCACUCAUAUAAAAGAUAAAAGUUUGCCUGCUGUGGUAAAAGAGAAUGCCCAUUUAUUGAAUAUGCCAGUUGUAAAGGGAGAUUUUGAUCUACAGAUUGCUAAACAAGACUAUUAUACAGCAAGACAAGAGUUAGUUUUAAAUCAGUUGAUAAAGCAAAAGGCAUCGUUUGAACUUCUGCAGUUAUCAUAUGAAAUUGAAUUGAGAAAGCAUUGGGAUAUAUAUCGUCAACUUGAAAAUUUGGUUCAAGAACUUAGUCAGAGCAAUGUGAUGCUCCGCCAGCGAUUAGAAACGCUGACAGACCCGUCAGUAUCUCAGCAGAUAAAUCCAAGGAAUACCAUUGAUACCAAGGACUAUUCUACUCAUAGGCUUUAUCAACUUUUAGAAGGAGAGAAUAAGAAAAAAGAAUUGUUUAUAACCCAUGGAAACCUGGAGGAGGUGGCUGAGAAAUUAAAACAGGAUGUUUCUUUAGUACAAGAUCAGUUGUCAGUUUCUACUCAAGAACAUUCUUUCUUUCUGUCCAAACUGAAUAAUGAUGUAGACAAGCUUUGUGAUACUCUGUACCAAGGAGGAAAUCAGCUUUUGCUUAGUGACCAGGAGUUAACAGAGCAGUUUCACCAUGUUGAAUCCCAACUGAAUAAGCUAAAUCAUCUUCUUACUGAUAUUCUUGCUGAUGUGAAGACAAAAAGAAAAAUUUUGGCAUCUAAUAAACUGCAUCGAAUGGAAAGAGAAUUAUAUGUGUAUUUUUUAAAAGAUGAAGACUAUCUGAAAGAUAUUGUGGAGAAUUUAGAAAACCAAUCAAAGAUUAAUGCCGUUGGUCUGGAAGAUUGAAAACUAUUAAAAAUAGAAUCUUCACUACCUAUGCUGUGUUUUAAUGUUUUAUAUAUUAGGAGGAAAUUAUAGCU